UAUGAAGAAGACCUCUUCGACGUCGUUUUGGUCAUCUAAGAAAGAGGGAAGAGUAUAAUAACACCUGUUCAGUCGAUUUGCCACAGUCCCACUACCGAUCGCCUCAUUUCGCCCAUGUUAACAGUCAUUCUCUAUGUUUCAAAUUUUUAUUCCUUUUUAGAUAGAAGUACAGUUUAGCACAACGACCAUCUGGGUCACUCGAUUUUAAACUCCCACAAACGCGAUCAAGCAAGUUUUUCUGAUUUUUUCAAAACCCGGGUGAGUAUGCCUGCUAAUAAUUUUGGAAUUUCCUAUAAACAUGAGGAUGAGGAGAAUUAUUCUAACCAUUGGCCUCGGUUUAUCACGAGUGGCCAAAAAUGUGGGAUUAAUUCUAACGCCGAAUAUCAAGCUUUUAAGAGACCCAAAAUGAUGAAUUCAAAAAUGGGGCUAGAAGACAACAGGUCAAAUGUGGCUAUGACCGUUGGUCCUCAACCACCAUGCUUACAAUUCAAAAGGUGGGGUAGCUGCAGUUAUGGCGACGAGUGUCGUUAUGCUCAUAUUACUGGGCCUUUGAAAGGCAUUAGGGUUGAGGAUCAAAGAAAUCUCAGUAAAGUGAAAUCAUGUCAUUUUUUCGGUAGUGGUAAGGAGUGUCCUUAUGGAAAUAAAUGCCAUUUUCUUCAUGAACGUAAUCAAAAACCUGAGGGGGGCGUAGGUUUUUGCAGGAUCAGCUCUGCGAUAAGCAUUGCGACUAUUGGGCGUGAAGUGAGAAACAACACUUCUUCUGAUGCUGUGGAUUUACGUAUCAAGUUGCUGAAGACCAGGUUUUGCAUCAAUUGGGAAAGGACUGGUACCUGUGCAUAUGGUUCAAAGUGUCAAUUUGCUCAUGGGAAAGCAGUUGAUGAACUUUUAUUGGAUGCCAACUAUAAGGAUGGACAUGUAUUACGAGUCUAUGUUCAAACAUGUCAUGGACACUCAUGUCUGUCUUCCAAAACUGCAGACUCUUGGAUCUUCCAAUACACUGGAGUCGUUGGGAAGCGCUGGCAUUUGUGCUCCAGCCAAAAAUGCAGCAUCCGAGUGUAGAUUCUUAUUCAAGUGGACUAACGUACAGAAGAUCAGCCAGAUCUAUGCUGACUGGAUUGAAAGGGUACAGCUUGUCCCGUUAUCAUCACACACAGUGGAGAACUGAAGAACCUGAACUUGUGGAACUUUGAUCAAUUUUUGAAGUGGUUAAUUAGGUGACCUUUUACGUAUGCAGGGGCGACAGUUUUGAUAACUCUUUAAGUUCAAAAUGCUGCUUGCUUGAUGCAUAGCACUUCGUUUUUAAUUUGAAGAAACCUGCCUUGUUUUUGUCUUGUGAAGUGAAUGUAUAGUGUCACAAAUCAGAAUUGGCUCAUAGGUUCAGCAAUGUAUGGUGAAUGAUGCAAGUCAAAAGUACAGUUUCUACAACAAUAGGUUCAGCAAAGAUAUACACAUCUACCGGAAGAGGACUUCGUGAAUGUGGGAUGUCUUGUUGUUUAGCACUGUCCAUGGAGUUUUCUAUUUUUCCAA